GUCUCAGGUGUCAGGAGGGAGAGAGCGAGAGAGAGAGAGAGAGAGAGAGACGCUCCACAGCACCUGGAGGACUCUACAUACAAACAAGAGAUUUUCAACAAAAGCGCCCUGAUCCCAUGGCAUUGGUCACAUUAUGAAAUCACACUACCUAUUCCUGCUGGUUUACCUCGUUGGAGCCUCCACUGGAAAUUCAAGGGCACAAAGGAAUACAACAUGUGGAACAGAAAGCUGCGGUCAGGAGCCAGACGCGACCUCCCGCUUCCUGCAGUGUGUCGGCUUGCCGUCCACAGACACAGGAAAAGACCACAUACAGAGGCUGAAAGUGAUGCUUGAGGCCACAAUGGACGUGUACACCUUCAUGAAAUCCAGCAUGACGGGUGUGCCGGUCUUGAGCCUGGAAGGAGCUUUGAAUUUCAACCCUGGAGCAGAUCCUCUCCAGAAUGAAGCCCUGGUUCAGAUGUGGCUUGAGGUCAAAAUCAAACCUCUGCUGGGUUCCAUCACCAAACACUUCCUGUCCUGCCUCAGCACAAAGAACUUCAGCUGCUCCUCUUAUCAGACUGUAGUGAGAGAACUCAGCCAAUAUUUUUCAGAGAUGAAUCCAGUCAGACAAAAGUGGAUCUACACGUUCUUCAUGUAUCCCUUCCUGUCUGGAGAAAGAGUUGCAGGUUGUAUGAACGGCAAUGAAAGCAGCGAAGAAUGGCUGAUGAAGAAUUUUGGCGCCUUCAGAGCGAUGGCCCAAAUGAAGGACUUCACCAGCCUCAACAUGGUCUUCAGUGGGCUGGAGGUUCUCCACCUGCUCUCUCCUGCACAAAAGGCCGAGCUGCUCUUAAAGCCUGAGGUGGCUGGUUUGGACAAUGGCACCCUGACCCUGGUCUUCAACAGUCUGCUGCACGGUCAGCAAACGACUCCCAGCCCUGGAAACUCGUCUGUGGUGCCAUUUGGUUAUUCAUCUCCACACAGCACUCUCAAAGAGAUCGCAAAUGGAUUUAUGACGGCUUUCAGACCGAUUGGAAGUUUUGCUCAUGAAUUUGUUUCGUUUACACGUCAGAGAGAUGUUUCAGAAAUAAAAAGCACCACUUUGACUCAGUUCCUGCUCAACUGGACUCUGGCUGAGCUGGCAGACAUGUAUGAGCCGCCCAUGGACCCAGACAUCCCCCAGUUUGACGUGACCAACGUGGAGGACUGGUACCAGCAGGUGGUCCUGCCGCUGCUGCGCAGGUUCCUGCCGAACGACGGAGACCUGAUGCACCAAAACGUCACGCUCGCUUUUCACGAGCUGUAUUUUCUGGAACAUGGUGGGGAAAAUGAAUAUGAUGAACUUCAGGAUGUCUGCAGCGUCACUCUUGACAAGAACCCUUGUGGGCUGACCGAUGCAGUGGAGAACAUAGCCCAUAUUAUGCACUGCGCUGCUAAGAGUGAGCUGACAAUGACUGAAGCAACUAUCAUGAGGCUGAUUACUGAGCUGGCUGAACGUCUGAACUCCCUGAUCAAAGAAUUUACCACAACAAACUUUGCGGAGCUGGCAUCUGACAUUAAGGAGAUAUUCAACGAGAACGAACCUCCAACUCUGACCCAACAUCACCUGGACGACCCCGAAUUCAUCAAACUCUGGUACCAGAUCAAACUGCUCCCCCUGCUGCCAGACGUGAACCCAGACCUCCUCUCCUGCCUGAGCACCAAAAACUUCUCCUGCCCUGUUUACCAAACCCUAGUGGCAGCACUGGGUGAGAGCAUGAGGCAAAUGGAUGCUGACAUGAUGUACAGUCACAACAUCUACAGAUAUUUCAUCUACUCGUUCCUGAAUCACAACACCACCGAAACCCAGUGCCUCUCUUCAGCCAAUCAAAGUGCAGAAUGGGUGAAGCUGAACUUUGGGUUCUUCUCAAGCUUUGCCUCCGUCAUCGACUUCUACCAGCUCAACCCUGAUUUCUCUGCGUUGGAAGCUCUGCAGGUCCUGACCCCAAAGCAGCUUGCAGAGGUGCUGCUGCUGCCUCUUCCUGGUCUAACGGAGAAAGACACCAUUAUCCACGCAGUGUUUGACUUCUUGUUGGAGUCACCAGAAGAGAGAAAAUUUACCAAUGUUCUCCUCUUCAUGGUCCAGCUUGCCGGAGAGGUUAAUCCUCCCUGCAGUGUCUAUCAACUCAUUUUUGAACGAAUGUACAGAGCUGUAAUGAUGAUGCCUCCAGACUUGGAGCCGGUUAUUUGGGCGCGCAUCGAUGAUCUGAUGGGAGUAGCGCCAGCAGAGUGUGUACCGGCAGAAGUCACGUGCCAAGACACGCAGAUUAACAGUACUAAAAUCUGCCGAAGCAUCAACAGCUCCGUUCUUCAGUCAUACUUCAACAACCACACACAUGUUCCAUGCAGCUUCACCUUGGAGGAAUAUGCUUGUGCUCAGCUGAAGGACUUCACGGCCGAACAGCUGGCUUCCCUGAUGAGGUGUAAUCUGCCCGACAAUAGCAGCCAUUCCAGGGUCCUGUGGAAGUUGCUGCUGACAAAACUCUCCAGCGUUUUGAACCCAGCGCUGGACAUGCUGGCCAACAGGUCGGUGGGAAUGAUCCCUUCAGCGGAGGCCAUUUUGGAUGUGAUUCAGGAAAUCAGGCUAUCGACGCUGACCAAUGGGGAGCUGACGAAUAGCAGCCUGAUCCGCUUGUGGUUCACAGAGCGUCUAAGCAGCUUCCUGCCAUUUGCAUCGGGGCGCUUCCUGCUGUGUCUGACCAGCAGGAACUUGAGCUGUCCAUCAUAUCAGCAAAUACUGCAGACAUUUGUUAGCCACUUUGAGAAGAUGCCCUCCCAACAGCAGCUUCUGGUCCUGAAGGAUUUCAUCCUCCGUUUCCUUCUGAACGCUCACUCAGGUCCAGGAUGUUUGUCCUCCUUCAACAACAGCGCACAGUGGCUGACCGACAACUUCGGUCCAUUCUCUGAGUUAGUGGCCGUCAGCGAGCUGAUCCGUCUCAACCCUCUCUUCAAACCACUCGAGGUCUUACAGCUCCUCACAGCAGAUCAGAGAGUGGAGCUGCUGGGACUGACGCUUCCUGAAAACACAGACACUGUCAUCAACGCUCUCUUUAAUUACAUGACCGAAGCACCAGAGGAAAGAAGAUUCACACAGUUCCUGUCGUCUCUCGUCAUCUUUUCCAAGACAUUGAAUCUUUCCUGCUCGUCCUACAAAACACUAUUCACCAGACUGGACGACGCCAUGGCAUCAGCUACUUCUGAUGUAACUUCAGCCAUCACACACACAAAAGUGGCUUUAUUCAAACAGCUACCAUCUGGUUGCAUCAUAUACAGUGGGCAGUGCAAUGUAACGAUGGCAAAUGAGACAGACAUAUGCAUGGGAGUCAACAGCACAGAGCUUCAGAUCCACCUGGACAGAUCAAUGAUGACCGGACGUCACUGCAGCUUCUCUGUGGAGGAAUUUGCCUGUGCCUCUCUGUCAGGUUUAACAGCUGGGGAUCUGGCAGCCAUGUUGGGUUGCGAUAGGGUCUCCGACUCAAGCGGCUCCAAACUUGCCUGGAACCUGCUGCUCUCCAAAGCCUCCAAGGUCCUGGAUCAAGCUCUGGAUCUGCUGAGCAACACCACGCUCCGCCCCGACCAUCAUUCUGCCUCCAUGAUCCUGACUCCAUUAGAGAACUCCGGCUGCAUGGCGUCAACAUGGCCGUCCUCAACGAUCCCGCCUUCGUCCAGAUGUGGUUCGGCCGCCGCCUUCGUCCUUUCCUGCCAGCUGUUUCCGACGACUUCCUCUCAUGUCUCUCCUCCAACUCACUGAACUGCAGCACCUUCCAGUUCAUUGUGAAGACAUUUAGCCACGUUCAGUCACUCAUGUUGCGUGAAAGGCAGCGGUCUGUCUCCACACGUUUCAUCACAGCUUUCCUGUCAACA